AUGAAGGUUCGAAACUUCGACAGCAAGAAGACGCUUGACGUUAUCACCUACCGGCUCGAGGUACUGUCCUCGAAGCGCAUUAGGCAGAAGCUCGCCGCGGGGGAAGAUGUAAAAGGGUAUUGGGGAACCGCUCCAACGGGUAAACCACAUAUCGGGUAUUUGGUACCGUUCGUUAAAAUCGCCGAGUGCAUCGCCGCCGGCAUCGACAUACAAAUUCUAAUCGCGGACACGUAUGGCUUCCUUGUCAACUAUGAUGCAACUAUGGAGGUCGUCGAGCGCCGCUCGCAAUACUACAGCCUUUUGAUUACCUCCAUUCUCCGGUCUCUCGGCGUCCCUGAGUCUAAAAUUUGGAUUGAGCGCGAGUCUACCUUUGCCACCACGGAAGCCUUCCGGGGCAAUUUUCUGCGGCUGUGUGCCGCGUCGACGCAGGACGACAUCAGGUCUGUCGGACUAGAGGUCGCCACAACGUCGAUGUUGAGCCCACUGCUCUGUCCACUGUACCAAGCCCUUAGCGAGGUGCAUACAGGCUGCGAUUUCCAGCUCGGCGGCAUGGAUCAGCGCGGAAUGUUUGCCUACGCGGAUAAACUUCUCCCGCGUGUCGGCCAUAGACCGGUCUCCCACCUCCUCGCCCCGAUGAUACCUGGUCUCAAGACAGAGAAGAUGUCAUCGUCGGCGCCGGAAGACACGAAAAUCAUGUUUUUCGACUCGGCCGAGGCUGUACGAGCCAAGAUUGCUGAGGCCGAUGUAUCCCCCACGGAGCCAACCCGAAACGCUCUAUUGGCGUGCUUAGAGCAUAUCGUUUUCCCAGUUUACGCCCUGGGGAUCAUGGCACCUGGUACUCUUCCCGAAGCGGCACUAGCAGGCGGAGUGGCGAAGAGGUAUGAGUCGUACAAGGAUCUGGAGGAGGACUUCUUCCGGGGGCUCGUUGAUGUGGAUAGCCUACGGUCGCUUGUCGCAGACACGCUUAACCACAUCCUGGAGCCAGUUAGGCAAGAGUACGCGACCAGUAAGGAGUGGCAGGCCGUGGACAGAUUUGCAUAUGGCACGCCUGACGGGCACUAG